CGGAUCCCUUUUGGUCUAUACCUCAAAUAUGGCAGACUGUGUGAAGCCCUUGCAACGCGCCACGUAGAGGCCAACACCAGCAUUCCUGUCCCACGCGUCCUAGACGCGCUAGAAGAAGACGACGACCAGGGGAUCAUACUGAUGACGGCUCUCCCCGGAACUCCUUUGCUUGACUCCUUCCUUGAGAUGUCGGAAGCUGACUUGGCGCGCGUUCAAGAAACCCUUCGGAAUUGGGUCGAUCAACUACGCGCCUUACCUUCGCCCACAGAAUCCGUCUGCGCAGUUGACGGCGGCCCCUGCCUUAGCUAUCGCGUCUCAACACAUCCAUUCGGUCCCUUUUCCUCCAUCCGCGAAUUCCAUAAUCGAUUCUACAAGAUUGUUCCUGGCGAACAUCAAGAUCGUCUGCGUGCUCUAGCGGAAGCCUCACACUCCCGGCCGCAUAGGCUCUGUUUUACACAUGGCGAUAUCUCCCCGGCCAAUGUUCUCGUCUCAGGAAAUCAGUUGACUGGGCUUGUUGACUGGGAAUGCUCAGGAUGGUACCCAGAAUACUACGAGUAUACCAUGGCAGUGUAUAGGCGUCAGCGCGCACAAAAAUGGUGGGAUCUAUGGGCUAAAAUUUUUCCUCAGUACAAGACAGAAGUGGAGGUCGAAUUGGCUUUCUGGGCGGUCGAUUUCCCGUGGUAGUUGGUAGUUUGUUUUCGCGUAUAUUUCGGGGUCGCAUAGAUCUAGAUUGAGUCUGAAUCACAGAGGCACAGCACGUGUUGAACCAGUGCCCAAAAGGCCUCCCAAAUGGUGUGGCCAGAGUUUCUACUUGUUCCUAACGCUGGCGAAGAUGAUUUUCAUGGGGCUUACUCUCCUCUCUUCCCUGUUGACUCAGAUUUGACUUCGUACCUGGCUUACCCUGUUCACCUGCGUGCUGGGGCUCAAGGAACCCAAUGACUCGUGAGAAGGCCGACGGGAGCGUUUUGCGUG